AAUCGCUAUUGGUUGUGGUCGUUGUUUUUAGGCGGGUACAACACAUUAGAAUGAGCGACGCUAUUUUCUGUAGAAAAUGUACCGGUCACGAAGAUAAUUUGGGGGAAACAGGGAGAUAGGGUUUCUUCCUACAAGAAGAGGUACGAACCAGCAAUCAGAAAAAUGAAGAUUUGGAGCACGGAACACAUAUUCAGCUACCCCUGGGAGACAGUGAUCAAGGCUGCCAUGCGGAAGUACCCUAAUCCCAUGAACCCCAGCGUGGUGGGCGUGGACGUCCUGGACCGGAACCUGGACACCCAGGGGCGUCUCCACAGUCACCGGCUCCUCAGCACCGAGUGGGGCCUGCCGGCUAUCGUCCGAGCGAUUUUGGGAACCAACAGGACCUUAACCUACGUGAAGGAGCACUCCAUUGUGGAUCCAGAGAAGAAGCAAAUGGAGCUUUGUUCAACAAAUAUCACUCUGACUAAUUUGGUAUCCGUGGACGAACGUCUGAUAUACAGACCUCAUCCAGAAAAUCCUGAAGUCACUGUCUUGACACAGGAAGCCAUCAUCACCGUGAAAGGAGUCAGUCUGAGCAGCUACCUGGAGGGGCUGAUGGCUCUCAGCAUGUCAGCCAACGCUAGAAAGGGCUGCCAGGCUGUGGAGUGGGCGAUCAGGAGCCUGAGCUCCCACAUCACAGCAGUGACUGCCAGGUGGACAGCGCGGGGCUGCAGAUCUCCCACUGCGACCGGGUAAAGUCAGCAGGCCCGACCAGGCGAGCCCGGGGCGUGGCGGUGUGGACUGCCCAUAAACCGGGCAGCAUCGGCAUCGGCAAUCCAUGAGCUGGCAUUCAUUAUCACACGAGACAGGGUUUGUAUCGCAGCCCUAGAUGUCCUACACGAGGCCGAGUGCUUGUAAAUCCGCAGAUGUGAGUGAAAUCUAGGCUGCGACUUUGGUGUGGCUGCACUGUAAAUUUGUCCAUGUUUUUGGGGAACUCUAUGGUAGCAGUUCGCCACUGCGCAGGGACCAUUUGCAUUGUGCGGCCCGAUUGACUAGCCAAUGAAGCCCCGUUAUUGUACUGCCGCUGAACAAAAGGACAGAAAACAUGUUUUUUUUUUCUUUUUGUUUUUGCAGUGAUGUGAAAAUACACAGGCUUUAAAUUUGUGCUAAUUGGCCUGCCCACUCAUGCAAAUUACAGAUUGAGAGCCACUGCUCUAUGAGUUCACUGGUACAGCACCCCAAAUUUCAUCUAACAGGCGUACACACUGUUUUUAAUGUCGUGGGUUUUUCUUUUCUGAUGUCUGCAUGACGUGAGGGAAGCUACAAAAAAUAACAGAUGUGUCCUGUCGCCAUCAAAUUAAUGUAUUGUAACUGAUAUUUAUUCCUUAAAAUAAGGACAAAUUUUGGUUGGGUUAUUUCUGGGCCAAAAAGAAUUACUCAGAGAAUGGAAUUAUUAUAAAGCCAGUUAAUAUAGACAUACACCAAACUACUGUGUGAUUUAGGCACUUCACAUGUUGGUAAAGAAUAGCUAAGAACAUUAAUAGCCUGUAUUAAAUUUUUUGUUUUUUAUGCCCUGUACUAUGGAACAAGAGAUGUGCAAACAUACUGAAAAGAAGGUCUUGUUAGGGCAAGGUUAGAGAAAUCUAGUUGGAUACUAUUGAAGACUGCUUCAUAUGAAAGGCUCAUUUAUUUUUACUUUUAACCGUGAAAUCAUUUUAUUUGAAUGUUCCGCAGUCGUUAUAUGCACAAGACAUUUGAAAAUGUACGUUAACAGUUGAUCCAGAAUCGGUGAAAACUGAAAAGAAGCUUUCUCAUGUGAAAUGGCUUCCUUUCAGGCAAUAUUCUAGUUGCUGAUAAAGGAAACUGUGGUUAUUGUUAAAUUAUUAGCAUGCAUUUUUGCACAUGAGUUAUGUUGGCAUGAUGCAUGUAAGUGUAGAGUGGAGGUGCAAUGGAAAUGUAGACCUUGGAAGAGAUGCUAACCUGCUAACAGUGAUGUCUUACUCCCAGCAGUAGAGCUCAUUAGAUUCUGUGUAGAUGGGUAACCUUCCAGUAGUUAAUCACCCAUGCUUACAAAAUGAUCUUCAUAGUAUUCUCAUUCUGUUUAAACUGUAAAAUAGAAUCAUGGGUAUGUUUAUUAACAUUAUGACACACAUACAGUACACUGAUUUUUGUGGCUUUGAAUUAACAAUGAGGGUCAGUGAUGACUCGUGAUAAUUGUGUGUGCUUUUAUGUGUGUGGUAAAGGAAGCAGGGUAAGAGUGUUUUAGGUUUGACCGUAAGGUCACAGUGAGCCAGGCUACCUCAACUCUUCCUCUGUGUUAAACAUGGUGCUUCCACCAAAGCUUCUCUCCCAGUCACAGGCACUGUACACCGGUUAUUGUUAUAUUAUGCCGGUACCGCACACCAAUUAUGGCUCCAAUAAGCCAGUACUGCACAUUGGUUUUGGCUUAAUUAAGCUUUCCUACCGACAGGAGGGAGAGCUGGCCUAUUUCUCACCUAAACUGUUUUCAGAAAUAUAUUUUAGUGGACAGUUUAGGUGAAGAAGGAGAGUUUAUCAACGCUCCGCCAUAUUGCUCCAUUUUGAAAACGGGGAGCCAAAACCAAGGACCGCCCAGCGUCUAUCCAAUCAGGUGCCGGCAGUGUUCUGUGGUAGCAUACACCACUUGUUCGUAUUGAUCCCAUAGAGGCAUAUAUCCGACAGAACCUGCCUACCCUAUUUGCAUAGUACCGCCCAUUAAACGGACACCUUGGGGGUCCUGGCAUGUCAGCAGUCCUCUCGGGAUUGGGUGAGAACCCCCCUAUCAGACAAUGGCAAAAUGUACACUGUUUAUUUUCACAGGAUGAAAACCAAUAUGGCUGAAUUGUACAUUACCUGACACAUUUUAUGGUGUGGUUUCCUUUUACGUUACUAUAUGUAGAAAAUAAAUGCACUGAUUAAAAUACUGUGCUCUGGGGCCGUCUGGGUAGUGUAGAGGUAUAAGCACUCGCCUACUACCGCAGAGACCCCCGGCAGUGGUGCUUCCGGCUUGGUCAGACGUUCCUAUGAACACAAUUGGCAGUGUUCGCAGGUGGGAAGCCGGUGAGGGUAUGAGUCCUGAUAGUUGCAUUAGCGACUCCUACUGGUUGGUCGGGGUGCCUGUUCAGCAGGGAGGGGAUCUAGGGGAGAUAGAAUGAACCUCCGCACGUGUUACGCUCUCCCAGUGAAACUCCUCGCUGUCAGGUGAAAAGAAGCGGCUGGCGACUCCACAUGUAUCGGAGGAGGCAUGUGGUAGUCUACACCCUCCCCAGACCGACAGAGGAUAGCGCAUCGACCAGAACCGUGAUACACACGGGGAAUUGGUAUAACAACUAAAUUGGGUAGAAAAUGGCAAAAAAAAGAACUGCUCUGUAUAAACCAGUGACAAGCAACAGGGCGGUGUAUCCUUGGAGAUGCAUGUGACAUCUGUCAGUGAUGCAUAAUUCUACAAGAAUUUUUCUAUAAAUGACAUCAUCAAAACUGGAUUUUUUGAUUUCAUGAAAGUGAGAGGGCCUGAGCUUCUUUUCUUUAAGGAAAUGGAAACCUGUGAUGUAAGGUUGUCAAGUUUUAGUCUUUACUAUGUGGGUACACUUCACUAUGGUAUCAUGUAAAUUUAUAUGUUUACGAAAAGACUUGGAUUUCAAAAUGAGAAACCUGGGGCAGCUGUUGUAGCCUGUCUGCAGCUGGUGUCACAUGGGGGCAGGACUAUCAUUUUUAUUAAUGUGAGCGCGCUUAGUACCACCUCCCCCCACCAAUCCCAAUAAAUAAAAAAGAAACAAUGAAAAAUAAUGUGUACCCGAUGUGGAUACUCCAUUUAAAAUGCACUUGAAAGCUUGUCAUUUAACUAGGGCAGAUUUGGUCAACACUGAGCACUGUAACCCCAAAGUGGCCCAGAUGUGUGAUCUGUGGUCUGAGAAGCAGAUCUUAGGCACAGCACCAUGGAGAAUAUUAGCCUUGGGGUUUAUGAUCAGACCUGAGCCAACAGUGCUAGAGCUGCAGAUCAGGACCGCAUAUCUCUGUCUUCAGGGAUCGCCUUCUCUGAUCCGGUAAUGAAUGAUAAUGUGUUCCUCGGGAGGGAUGGCUGGGAUGUUAGGGUAUUCCCUGAUGAUUGGGGGGGGGGGUCACAGUAAACCAAGAAUGGGCAAAGUUAAUGGAUUUGUUCACAGUGACUGAUUUCAAAACUCGUAACUCCACCUGCUAUGAGGUUCAUGAAACCGGGCUCUCCCAUUACCCUGUCUCUAUAUUACAUUACAUUACAUUACAGGCAUUUGGCAGACGCUCUUAUCCAGAGCGACGUACAACAAAGUGUAUAACCAUAACCAGGAACAAGUAUGACGAAACCCCUAGAGAGAAGUACCGGUCCAAGUACAGGGAACAACCGCAUAGUUCAACUUGGACCCUGAUGGUUAAACUGAUUAACACUAACAACGAGAACGGCAACAACGCAAUCUAUGGAAAAAUAAAAAUAAAUAAAAAUACAAGUAGUCGUUAAGACAGGCGCAUCAACUAAGUCACCUAUGAAACAGCUGCCUAGUUACAACCCUAAGUUUAGUCAUUUACAGGGGGGAAGGGAGGGAUGGGGAGAGGUGCAGCCUGAAGAGGUGGGUCUUCAGUCGUCGUUUGAAAUGGGUCACAGUCUCAGCUGUUCUGACCUCCACAGGGAGGUCAUUCCACCAUCGUGGGGCCAGAACAGACAGGAGACAUUAGUCACCUCCUGCCAAUCAGACACAUCCAGUCUGCCUGUACCUGCUGUGUAUGACGAGCAGCCCUCCAGUGCAGGCUGACGGAUUCUGCCACAUUGGUUUUACUUACAGUUGGAUAAUAUAUAUGCGGAAAAGGUAAAAACAGGUGAUGUCAAGAUUUUUGAAAUAGCACCUAGGGUUAUUCUGUGAGAAUGCAGAACUUGGAUGAGGUGCUUGGUUGGAUGUACAGGGACUGUUGAAUUGUAGUGUACAUGGAAUAUCCAACUAAGACUUGUUCAUUUUCAACUACUUGAGUUUCUAGAGCACUGACAAUUCAUUUCAAACUAUCAUAUAUUAAUGCUAAUGAAAGUUGAAAGGUAAUUACUGAUUUGUACGUAUUAAUUUCAGAGAACAACCCUGGGUGCCUUUUUAAGUAUCCUGGGAAGUAUCCCAGAGACCUGCUAAACCAGCUGAUCUAUGUUCAUUUAUGACCCCAAUUAGCCACCACUGGGCUAACCUCACUGACUUCAAAUGUCUGUUCACUGCUUUUGUGUAUUAAAGAUAUUUAUAUGAAUGUAAUAUUUAUUUAUAUACUGUUGUUUGCUAAUCAAGCCAACUGUUCAUUUGUUUGGUUGAAAGAAAAUUCCUGUAAUGCUGUUUUUUUUCUUCUUUGUGAUAUUAUUCAAGCGGAAAUAUAAUGCAAAAUAUAUUUGUAUAGGUUCAUUUAAUUUAUUGAAACAAAAACCUUUUGCAAUACCUACAAUAAACUAAAUGCAUUUUAAGUGA